CGUGACUCCUUUCCGCCCGCACGCCGCCAUCAUGGACACGAGCCGUGUGCAGCCCAUCAAGCUGGCCAGAGUCACCAAGGUGCUGGGCAGGACCGGCUCACAGGGACAGUGCACGCAGGUGCGCGUGGAGUUCAUGGACGACACGAGCCGCUCCAUCAUCCGCAACGUGAAAGGCCCCGUGCGCGAGGGCGACGUACUCACCCUGUUGGAGUCAGAGCGAGAGGCUCGGAGGCUUCGUUGAGGCUGCUGCUGGGUCCUGGACAUCUGGUCGACCACUUGGCCCAUGGAGAUGAUCUCCGAUCGUUCAAUAAAGCGUGUAUGUUGUGAAUAAA